CAACAAUGCAAGCUCACCCUAAAACAAGAGCAUGAGCUCUGUGAGUAUAUAGAAGUACUUACUGAGCGUCAUCUUCCUCCUACAAGGCAAAUGGUACAAAACUUCGCUGCAGAGAUGGCUCACAAGAGCAUCUCUGACACCUGGGUGUCUAACUUCCUCCACCGUCACAGCGACACUCUCCUCUAUAAAUGUGGAGCCGAGUUGUGUGCCUCACAAUGGUGCACUGCCAUGGACAAGCAGCGCCACUACGCCAAUUCCCCUGCAAAGUAUGAGCAAUAUUUCAAGCUCCUACACUACACGCUCACCAAAUAUGAGGUAGAACCUCGUGAUACAUACAACAUGGAUGAGAAGGGCUUUGCAAUCAGUCUUGUUGGCAGGAGCAAGUCCAUCUUCUCCAAACAAUCAUACAAGGCUGGGAAGAACAAGCAGUCUCUACAGGAUGGCAAUAGAGAGUGGGUAACACUGCUAGCAAGCGUGUGCGCAGAUGGUUCAGCACUGCCACCAGGCCUCAUAUUUGCAGACAAGAACAACACCAUACAAAGCAGCUGGGUUGAGGAUAUUGAGCCAGGAAAACACUCAGUG